AACGAGCCUCAAUGGCAGGGUGGUGGUUUUUCACGAGCGAACGACGCCCGCUCGUCGACUUACUGUGUAUGCUGUACGGCCUAAGCUCCUGGCUCGCCAUCACCGGACUGUGGAUGGAACUGCCGCUCCUGGUACACGCCUUGCCUGAAGGUUGGGCUCUGUCCGCCUCGCUCAGCCUGGCCAUUCAGCUGGGAAACGUGGGGCCUCUUCUCUACGGCCUCGGCCGAUACUUCUGGACGCGCGUGUGCACAGGGCCGCGGGCACUGAGCGUGGCGAAUCACGUGCAGCUAUGCAUUGGACUCGCCGCCUGCGUAGUGCUGGUCUGUGGUUGGAAAGUAACUGCUUUUGUGCUGGGCCGAGAGACUAGCCUCGUACUCCUGAUCGCGGCGUUCGCGCUGUCCAUCGUGGAUUGUACUUCGUCAGUGGUGUAUCUGCCCUUUGUUGGUCGUUUCCGAGAGGUGUACAUGACCUCAUACCUGGUGGGAGAGGGCCUCGGAGGCGUCGUGCCCAGCCUUGCGGCAUUGGCUCAGGGACUGGAUGAACCGGAAUGCGUGAACGAAACCGCGACGUACAGGAAUGAAGGUGUGAACGACUCUGCUGACUCGCAAGAGCGCGUAGUUACGGUGCUCCGUGUAGGGGCCACGAACUUCGAGCCCGAGGUUUUCUUUGAUGUGCUGUUGCUGUUGGUGGUGCUCAGUUACGUGGCCUUCGUUUUGCUUGAUAACUUCAAGUCGUUUGAAACUGAAUGGCAGGAAGAAUUCCGGCAGCAGGUAACACGUCACCGUCACGUGAUUUCCGCGACACGAGAAGCGGUGCACCUUAACGCUCUGCCAGUCGGUAAGGAAAAUGAGUGGGAAACGUGGAGGCAAUACCCGGAAGCACCACUUACCCAGAACGAUGCCAAAGUAUUCUUCAAACACAGCAGCUCGACGCAACGCUACUACAUUGUACUGCUCGCGAUACAGACAUGGGCCAGCCUGCUGACCUUCGGUUUCUUGCCGGCCAUACAGUCGUAUUCCUGCCUACCGUACGGACCCCGUGCCCUGCAUCUGUCAGUGACCCUGUGUGGCGUCGCCUACCCUGUGGCCUGCGCACUCGCCAUGUUUGUGGCACUGCGCCGGCUGAGGCAUAUAUGGGCGCAGACGCUGCUAGGUACGCUGGGUGCCAGCUACAUCACACUGACUGCAGCCACCAGCCCCAACUCGCCGUUUGUGGACACCGAUGCUGGCGCAUUCCUGGUGGUUUUCUGCUGGGUAUGCACCUUUCUGCUGCUCAGCUACGCCAAGACCAUGGUCACGCUUAUCCUCACCGGCCACGGCGAGAACGCGCUCUUCUGGGUAGGCGCCUGCACCCAGCUGGGCGCGCUGGUCGGAAGUCUGGUGCCGUACGUUCUUGUCAACCUGGGAGUAUUCGUCGAGCGAGAUCACUGCGCCCUGUACAACUAAAAACGUGGACCCAAA